CACGCUGUCCUUGUGUGGAGGCCCGGGGCGAGUGCAGGCAGGGCUGAGCACCCAGGCUGCUGUGACACGCCACCUCCCUGCAUUCCUCCUGCAAGGGAACCCCCUUCCCCAGAGCACGAGCCAUGCGGGGUCCCCGCUGGCCUGACCGAGCCCUGCCCGGCUAAUGGCGUCGGGGGUCGGUAUCCUCCCUUCGGGGGAGGGGAACCUGCAGCCCGGGGAGGAGACGGGGGAACCGAGUUGUGCGGAACUGCAGGUGCUAUGCUUGGGGAAGGAAAUGUUUCUAAAACAGGCAUUUGCUCUUAGCAGAGUAACAGCGGCCAGAGAGAGCCCCAUCUGUGCUGUAGGCAGCACGUUGCUGAGCUGCAACAGACACUACAGGUCCCAGCCUACCCAUGGCAUUGGGAGGUUCAGACACCUGCUUCCACCGGAGCCUUCAAAGAAGAGAAGGGACAGGAUACGGAUGAAGGAGAUUUGUGCUGGAUCAGAUCAUGAAUAUGGAGACCUGAACAUACAGAUGACGGCGUAUGACAUGUGCCUGGUGGAGCAUUUUGCUCAAUAUGUUCAUAAACUCUGCAACCGAUUCUCCAUUCGAGUGAAUGAAAGCUAUGCGAUGCCCACUAAAACCAUGGAGGUGAUGCUUGUGCAGGAGCAAGGGUCCAGGCAGUACCUAGAUGCUGUUCUUACAACCCACCAGCGAGUUGUACAGAUCAGUGGUUUGAGUUCAACAUUUGCUCCUGUACUCUUGGAGGUUAUUCAGAGUAACCAGCCCGAAGGGGUCCAUCUGUCAGUCAAAGAGCAUACAGAGGCGGACUUCAAGGUUCGAUUAAAGGCUCGACCGGAACUUGAAGAGCUGAUGGCGCAAAUGAGCUGAGCCAGUGUCCAGCUAAAACCAUCCAAUCCAUUUCAAAGCCAUCUUUGUGACGCUAUUCAUCCCUUAAUUGGCUCCUGGUAGCCUUCAAAGGCAGCUCUUAAUACGGUCUUAAUGAGAUGUUUGUUGCUUGGAUGAUGUUUCCACUGCUCUGUUAAGGAGCUUAUUUUAAUGAAGUGAAAUGUACCCAUUGUGUAUCUGA